AUGUUUUCUUUCCAUUUUUUAAAACUCUAUCACACUCCAUUUAAACUUACACUAUCGCUUUAUCCCCACCCUCUUUAUUUCCCUGCUUCUUUUCCCUCUCACUCUUUCCCUCUCACUCUUUCCCUCUCACUCUUUCCGUGUUUCUCACACUCGCUACCUCCCACUGUUUGUACUCCUUUCUCUAUCUUCCAUACACCUUUUCUACCUCUUUCCAUCCUUCUCUGCUUAUCUCCCUUUCUUUUCUUACCUAUCUCAAUGCCCUUUUCCUCUCUCUCUCUCUCUCUCUCUCUCUUUGUCCUUCUCUCUAUCUCUUCUUCUGUCAUUUCACACUCAUACCUCUCUUUCAUUUCAUCUUUUCCUGUUUAUCUAUCUAUCUACCUAGCUAGCUAUCCCAUCUGUUCAUAUAUAACUAUCUCAUUCUUUUCGUAUCAUAUCUAUCUAUCUAUCUAUCUAUCUAUCUAUCUAUCUAUCUAUCUAUCUCAUUCUUUUCAUAUCCAUCACAAAUUCGUCAUCACAAAGCAUCACAAAGCAUCACAAAUUCGGCAUCACAAAUUCGUCAUCACAAAGCAUCGCAAAUUCAGCAUCACAAAUUCGUCAUCACAAAGCAUCGCAAAUUCAGCAUCACAAAUUCGUCAUCACAAAGCAUCACAAAGCAUCACAAAUUCGGCAUCACAAAUUCGGCAUCACAAACAUCGCAAAUUCGGCAUCACAAAUUCGUCAUCACAAUGCAUCACAAAUUCGGCAUCACAAAUUCGUCAUCACAAAGUAUCGCAAAUUCGUCAUCACAAAGCAUCGCAAAUUCGGCAUCACAAAUUCGUCAUCACAAAGAAUCGCAAAUUCGUCAUCACAAAUUCGUCAUCACAAAGCAUCGCAAAUUCAGCAUCACAAAUUCGUCAUCACAAAGCAUCACAAAGCAUCACAAAUUCGGCAUCACAAAUUCGUCAUCACAAAGCAUCGCAAAUUCGUCAUCACAAAUUCGUCAUCACAAAGCAUCGCAAAUUCGUCAUUACAAAGCAUCACAAAUUCGGCAUCACAAAUUCGUCAUCACAAAGCAUCGCAAAUUCGGCAUCACAAAUUCGUCAUCACAAAGCAUCACAAAUUCGGCAUCACAAAUUCGUCAUCACAAAGCAUCGUAAAUUCGGCAUCACAAAUUCGUCAUCACAAAGCAUCACAAAUUCGGCAUCACAAAGCAUCACAAAUUCGGCAUCACAAAGUCGCCAUCACAAAACGUCACGUCGGCUGUCGUCUGCUGUAGCACCUUAA